UAUGAACACCCUUUCCUUUCCAUUAUCUAGCUGCCUGGGUUUUAUGAAUUGGAGAGAUACUCUAAGACAGGAUGUGGUUCAUGGGGAAGAUUCGCGAGAGUGUGGAGAACUUUCCGUUUGAGGUGGGCAGAACCCUGGGGAUGAAGGAGGAGCUGUCGGCGAAGGCCCACCUCUCCAGUAAGCUGCACAGCAACAUCCUGACGCCUGACAAAAUCCCCGACUUCUGCAUCCCCCCGAGGCUAUCCCCCGGGCCACCAUCAAGGGUAGAGAGCACCUCUGCCAAAAGCAGACUCCAGUCCAUCACCUCCGGAAUCCAGGCAGGGACCCCAAGACCCAUCAACACGGCCCCGCCCCCUCGCCACAUCAUCCAGAUCGAGAAUGUGGACCGAAUUGGCAAGGCCAAUGGGAAGGGCAAGGCGGGGAUUGGGGUUGGGUCACCACACUCGCUGGCUCACUCCCGGGCGUGGUCACUGCAUCACAUGGCUGGCCUGUAUGAAAGCCCCAAUACGCGCCGCAAAGAGUCCCUGUUUCUGUCUGAGUUCACAGGCCACUCACUGGAGAGGACGGCCUACAGGCCCCCCGGCCGGCCCCUGGCCGUCUCCCCCUGCAAGGCACUGUCCGAGCAGGGCAGCACGGAGAGCGACACCCUCUCCUCCAACGACUCCUCCCCCCACGGCUCCCCCGUGCUCACCCGCUCACUGUCCAGCUCCGCCCUGCUUAAAUUAUUCGGACAGGACAGUCCUGUGGGACACUUGUCAAGGUCAUCCUCGAAGCAGUCCCUUGGCGGGGACAGCUGUGGGUCCCUGGAGGAGCACGGCUUGUCUGGCUCCUCCAUGAGCCCUGGAGAAGUGGCCCCCGUGCCCCUGUGUGGCUCCCUGGCCCCGCCUGUCCUGUUCCCCCUGGACCUGCUGCACUGCCAGGAGCGUCUGCAGAGGGAGCACGUGCUGCCGCUGCAGGGCCGCGGCCGCGUCCGUCUGUCCGCCGAGCGUGACCGCACGGGCACCACCAUGCGCAUCCGAGUGGUAUCUGUGGAGGAUCUGCACGACGGCGCCCCUGAAGGCCGGCUGGUGCACUGCUGCGUGUGCCUGUACCUCACCCCGGGCAAGCGGCAGAGGCAGAACAGCGCCACCAUCAGGAACUGCCGGAACCCCAUCUUCAACGAGGACUUCUUCUUCACUGAUCUCAGCGACGAAUGCCUCCGCAGCUUGGCCCUGCGGCUCAAGGUCCUGGACAAAGCCUCUAGUCUAAAACGAGACGCAGUCCUGGGCACCACCUCCAAGCCCCUCUCUCAGCUUCUGCCUCUCUAG